AUGCCCGUCGUCAAAGGAGGAGUCUGGACGAACAUCGAGGACGAAAUCGUCAAGGUCGCCGUCUCCAAAUAUGGCCUGAACCAGUGGGCGCGCGUCUCCUCGCUCCUCGCUCGCAAGACCCCGAAGCAGUGCAAGGCAAGAUGGUCGGAAUGGCUGGAUCCGAGCAUCCGCAAGGUGGAGUGGUCGAAGGAGGAAGAUGAGAAGCUCCUGCAUCUGGCGAAGCUGAUGCCCACGCAAUGGAGAACUAUUGCGCCAAUCGUAGGACGUACGGCUACGCAGUGUCUCGAGCGCUAUCAAAAACUCCUCGACGAAGCGGAGGCAAAGGAGAACGAUGAGCUUGGUUUGGGAGGACCAGAAGGCGGCGAGACGGCGGCGCCGAGCGCUGAUGAUGUCCGGAAGCUGAGGCCCGGCGAACUCGACCCAGACCCCGAAUCGAAGCCCGCGCGCCCGGAUACGGUCGACCUCGAUGAGGACGAAAAGGAAAUGCUCAGCGAGGCGCGGGCUCGUCUCGCCAAUACCCAGGGAAAGAAGGCGAAGCGCAAGGCUCGCGAAAGGCAGCUCGAAGAAUCGCGGCGAUUGGCAGUGCUGCAGAAGCGUCGCGAGCUCAAGAAUGCCGGUAUCAACAUCAAGGUCACUACGGUCAAGAAGGGCCAGAUGGAUUACAACGCGGAUAUCCCAUUUGAGAAAGCGCCCGCUCCCGGUUUCUACGACACGGUAGAUGAGGAGGUACAGAAUGAAAGGCAAAGGGAGGCAUUCGAUCCCAGGAAACAACAGCUUGCAAACAAGCGGAAAGCGGAUCAGCAGGAGGAUGGCGAAGACAGGAAGAAAAGGAAGAACGAUAAGGGUGGAUCCGAGGCAGUCUCGGCGGCCGCAAAGAGAGCUGCGCAAAUGCAAAAGAUCCGCGAAGCUGAGCAGAGCAGCAAGAGGAGGACGCUUACGUUGCCUGCGCCUCAGGUCAGCGAAGCGGAGCUUGAAGACAUUGUCAAGAUGGGUAUGAUGGGCGAGAGGGCUAGCCAACUGGCUGGUAGCAGCGACAACGAGGCCACUAGGGGUCUCAUUAGCAACUACACUGGAAUCAUUGGCAACACUCCUAUCCGCACUCCGCGUGCACCCCAGGAAGAGGACCGUGUUGCAAACGAAAUCCGCAACGCCCGCGCCCGAACAGAUACCCAAUCGGCUCUCCUUGGUGGGGAAAACACGCCUAUGCACGAAGGAGAGACCACCGGAUUUGGUGGCGCCGCACCUAGCAAGCAGCAGAUUCAAACUCCGAACCCCAUGGCCACGCCUUUCCGCCAGGGCGGCGGCGCGGGAGCUACGCCUGCACGGGGUCCUGGUGCGACUCCUUUGCGGACGCCGCGCGACAACUUCAACUUGAACCGUGAAAACGGUAUGCAAUUAGUUGGACAAACUCCCCGCGAUAUCAAAAUGCGGGAAUCCGCUAUGCGCAGCGACAUCAAAAGCAAAUUCGUAGCUUUGCCAAAGCCAAAGGAAACUGAAUGGGAAUUGGAGUUGCCAGAGGAGCAGCAAGAAGCUAUUAGGGCGGAAACCGGAACGGAGGAUGCUGCUAUUCGUGAUGCCAGGAACAAGGCUAUUCGCGAAGCAGCUGAACGCGUGGAGUUUGCCCGUCAAACGCAGGCCUUCCAGAAGGGCUUGCCGCGUCCAUCUGUGGUUAAUGUCAACGCCAUGCUUGAAAAAGCAUCGAGCGUUGCGGAUCCCGCCGAAAGAAGCAUUUUGGAAGAGAUGACACUUCUCAUGGUGAACGAUGCGACUAAGUUUGGCAAGGCCAGAGUCAGUGGAACUUCGAAGCCACUUGAAAAUUUUGGCGACGAAACGUUGCAACGCGCACGCAUGGAGAUCGCUUUGGAACUUUCCGCAGACGAUGCAAGGAAGGACACCGAGGAGUUCAGCAGAGCUUGGGAGGAGCUUCAUCAAACCUCAGUGUUACCUGGGCUUGCAGGCUAUGGAGAGGAUGAGAUUGACGAGCACCAGUUGAUGGCUGAAACAUUUGAUGCUGUUCAAAACAGAAUCAUGGCAACCGCUGAGCAAGGCAACAAGGUCGAAAAGAAGCUCGCCUUGCAUCUUGGCGGCUAUCAGCAGCGUGCCAAGACGUUGCGCCAAAAGAUUGUCGAUGCGCACGAGGCCUAUGAGAAGACGGCCACUGAACUGGACUCUUUCCGCACGCUCCAAAUUUCAGAGGAAGCCGCGAUCCCAAGGCGUCUGGAGGCUCUCAGGGACGAGGUUACAUUCGUUAGCCGGAGGGAACGCGAGGCGCAAGAGCUAUACCGCGCUCGCAAGGCAGAGCUGGACCAGCUCGAGGAAGGCAUUAAUGGCUACCGCUAG